GGGUGAAACCCGAGUUCUGAUUGGCUGGCGAGCUCUGAGGGCUCUGCCGGGCCGCGGCGCCCGCCCGGAACGUCGCGGGUGAGGCCGGGGGGGAACGUGAGGGACCCCCGGGACACCCCCGGAGCCCCCGGAAAUUUCUCUUGGACAUCUCAAAACCCCCUAAAAUCACCAAAUUUCUGCUCCAAAACCUCUGGAAUUGCACCCAAAGAUGUCCAAGAAACAGCAACCCAAAGGUCCCUGUGCCGUGCUGUUCGACGCUCGCUCCGGGGCCGUGCGGGCGCAGGGCGGCGCCUGCGAGAACAUGAAGGAAAAGGUGCAGGCCGUGCGGGCCGUGGUUCCCAACCGCAGCAACACCGAGAUCGUUCUGGUGCUGCAGCACUUCGACAACGCCGUGGACAGAGCCGUGCAGGCCUUCAUGGAGGGGAAUGCCAGCGAGGUGCUCAAGGAAUGGACGGUGACUGGGAAAAAAAAGAACAAGAAGAAGAAACCCAAAGCCAAGGCCCCGCCCGGCCCUGGGCAGGAGGAAAAGUUGGAAAAUCUGGGAAAAAACCUGGAAAAAAACCUGGGAAAAUUGGAAAUUUCCAUCAACGGUUUCCAUGGCAACCGCUGCCCCUCCCUGGAGUCGCUGCCAGGCCUCGGGAACGGAAUUUCGGCUUUUCCUGCCCCAGCCCAGCCCCCGACCCCGGCCCGGAGCGAUCCCGGCGGCAGGAAAAUGGGCUGCAGCCUGGAGCGCUCCCUGAAGGAUCUGCAGCGCUGCUCCGUGGCCCUGGCGCGGUUCCGGGCGCUGCUGCGGGAGGAGGUCGAGACCUCCCUGAGGAAGGUCCGGGUGGCCUUCGGAGAGAUCCAGAGCUGCCUCAUGGAUCGGGAGGUGGCUCUGCUGGCUGAGAUGGACAAAGUCAAGGCAGAAGCAAUGGACCUGCUCUCCCUGCGGCAGCGCCGGGCCGAGGCUCUGCGCGCUCUGACCGAGGCCGCCCCGGCCAUGUCGGAGGAGCAGCUGCAGGAGCUGCGCGCAGACAUCAAGCACUUUGUGAGCGAGCGGAAGUUCGAUGAGGAGCUGGGCCGGGCCGGGCGCUUCGGCUGCGACCUGGAGGGGCUGCGGGGCAGCAUUGGCGCCUUCGGCACAGUUUCCCACCCCAGGCCGAGCUAUUCCAGCCGCUCCCGCUGCAGCUCCGGCCCUGGAUCUGCGGGAUUGGCAACGGGAUCAACAACGGGAUCAACAACGGGAUCAACCCCAAAAUCCUCGGGAUUAACCCCAAGAUCCUCGGGAUCAGCAACGGGAUUGGCUCCGGGAUCAGCCCCGGCAUUCCCAAUGGGAUCGGCCCCAAGAUCCUCGGGAUCAACAACGGGAUCGGCCCCGGGAUCCCCCCCGGAAUUCCCGGGAUCCCCCCAGGACGGCGCCGCCCCAGCAGAGCCAACCCCGGCCCCACAGCCCCCCCAGAGGAGCCGGAAAGCGCCGGGAGCAGCUGGACCCCGACCCCCGGGGACCCCCAAAAACCCCGAGAACCCCAAAAACCCCAAAUCCCCCGGGGACCCCAAAAACCCCAAAUCCCCCGGGGACUCCAAAAACCUUGGCGACCCCAAC